UCUCAGAAGCCAGAAUUUCUAGUAGAGGCUUUGCAGCAGAACAAUUUCUUCCUUGAGCACCAUCCCUAAGAAAAAGCUUAGGAUGAAUCAAGCUCCUGGCUAGAAAUGUUUCAAGUGCAAACCACUGCAUGCAGCUCACAGGAAAGUCACUGCUUGUUUUCAUUUUGAACCAACACAAGCCAGUGAAUUUCUGUUGCUUUCACAUCCAUUUUAUCAUUUCCUUUCCUCGCAGGUUGCAACGUUCCUGGUCAGAACUCUCCCCUGGAUAAGCUCAACCCUUUUGUCCCAUCUCACAGGAGCGCAAAUUGCAACCUGCAAGGCAAAGUACGAAAAGCGGGGCCGCGUAGUUCCAGCGCCGCUGGAAGCCAACAGCGAGUGCCCAAGUUCCUUUGCACUUCUGUGGCUGGUCUGAAGUGUCACUCCAAGUUUAGGCAGCGCCACCCGACUGGGACUCUCCGGUCCAUUUAAGAGCACACACAGUUGCAGAGGAAUGAGGUGCAGUGCUCAAACCAUGAUGCAACACAUUGGCUCAUUCUCUCCCAUGAUGGGAAGGUUUCUGAACACUGGGCUAAACCUCCAGCAAACUGCUCUAAAACAAGGCUGGUGAAAGAACUAGGAAGCCUAAAUAUUGUUCAAAUAGCAUGUGGAGGCCAGCAUGCCAUGGCGCUAUCCAGAGGAGGUGAACUCUUCACCUGGGGCCAGAACACCCAUGGACAGCUUGGACUGGGGAGCCAAGCCACAUUUAUUCCCCAAGCACAGCUGGUGGAAAGACUAAAGGGCAUCCCACUUGCUCAAAUUGCUGCUGGAGGAGCUCACAGCACCACCGUGUCACUCUCUGGAGCUGUGUACUCCUGGGGAAAGAAUGAUUUUGGACAGCUGGGACUCGGAGACACAGAAGACAGGGACUGCCCAUCAUAUGUUGGAGCUUUAGAGCACUGGAAGACUAUAUUUAUCUCAUGUGGGGCAGAUCACACUGCAGUUCUCUCCAAGGAGGGAUUGGUGUGCACCUUUGGAGCAGGAGGGGCUGGCCAGCUUGGUCACAACUCCACCCGGAAUGAACUCAUGCCUCGUGUGGUGGCCGAGCUGUGGGGAGCAAGGGUUUCACAGGUUGCCUGUGGCAGACAGCACACUCUGGUCUAUGUCCCUUCUUUGGACAAAUUCUAUUUCUUUGGUUCUGAUGAUGAAGGACAGCCAGAAGAUGAGAGGAAGCCUAAUCAGUUGAUACCACUUCCCAUCAGUUCACCAGUGAAUACUGGAAACUCCUGCCAAAAAAAUAACACAUCACAAAAUGGGAUUAAAAUUAUGGCAGGAGUAAACCGAAGUUUUGUCCUUUGCAAGGAGAACCAGAAUUCCUAUUUGAAUGGAAUUGCCACUCUGGAGAAUAAAAAAGUGGAUGACUGGAUUUCUAAUUCCAGUUCAAAAGUCCAGUUCGAGAGGAUAAAAAAGAAUAUCAGACUGAUCUUCUCAUCUGAGGCUUGCAUCAACGGAAGCUUCCUGCAGAAAAGAGACAAACAUUUCAAAACCUCCAAAGAAUUCUCAGGUGUAGACAUGUCCGAAGUGAAACAUUUUUAUAAGAAGAUCAGCGAGAUGCCAAAGCUCUUCCAGGAGGUGCAAAAGGAGGUUGAUAAUUUACUGCCAUCACUGUCUUCCUCUCCCAUCUCACCUGAAAAUUUCAGAGUCUACUUGAUCUUGCCUUUCAUUCUGCAGGGGAAGGAUAAAAGCUGUUACCAUUCACUGAGGCUUCUAGCACAAGCCAUCAUGAAGCUCCAGCCAGAGGACCUGCAAACUCUUGAGUGCCUGUGGUCAAAUCUGGAAACAUCCUCUUUCGAGGAGCUGGUCAGUCUGUAUCAGAGGGUUUCCCAGGAUAACCUGUCUCAAUUUAUCACGGAAUUACACACUUGUGGGCCAAGAGACCCCUUCAACCUGUACCCAGAUGAAACAGUGCCUCUGCAAAUACUGCAGAUGCUUUACCAGGUGAACUCCAGAACUGGUUUCAGAGUAGAAGAAAGCAACUUCUAUGUACCUCUUGUGAAAGAGAUUAUCCACUUCUGUCAGUUCUUUAAUAGAGCAAUAGCCCUAUGGAACCUGAGCAAGUACCCAUGCAUCUUUGACAUGCAAGACAGGAUCGCCAUUCUUAUAACAGAACGUCAGGUUCUGUGCGCAGAAGGCAGCACUCUGUCCAGGACCUCUACUGAGAUAAUCCUUACAUACACGGGAAAACAAUGGGAAUUUCACGUCAGAAGAGAGUGCUUUCUGCAAGACAUAUGGAACAAUUUAGAAUGUGCCUCAACCCAGGAAUUCAGGAAGAUCUUAAAGGUGGUGUUUGUGGGCGAGAAGGGCGUGGACCAGGGUGGGCUGUCCCAGGAGCUCUUCAGCAUUGCUGCCAGGACCCUCUGCCAGCCAGGCACCAGUGCCUUCCGCCACUACACCUCCGGACUCGUGUGGUUCCCCAGUAAGGCCUCGGGCUGUGAGGAUAAGGACAUCUUCUUCCAGAUCGGGACACUAUGUGGAAUGGCCCUGUUUAACCAGCGCAUGGUGCCCUUCCCCUUCCCCAGGGCUCUCUACAAAAAGCUGCUGGACCUGUCCCCCACGCUGGAGGACCUCGAGGAGCUGCUCCCAACUGUGGGCCGGAUUCUUUGGGGAAUUUUGAAUGAAGAAUGUGAUCAUAACCUUGAGAGCAUGGACAUAGACUUCACGAUAAUGGAAGAAGGAGAUUCUAUGGAUGUUGUUGAACUUAAAAAAAAUGGUGCUAACAUUCCUGUCACUAAGGAUAACAGGAAAGAAUAUGUUGACUUGUACGUGAAUUAUGUGUUCAAUGAAUCAGUGCAAAAGCCAUUUCAGGACUUUAUGCAAGGAUUUUUAAGAGGCUGCCCAGCUAGAAGUUGGAAGAUGUUUCUCCCUGUAGAGCUCCAGGUUGUUCUCCAGGGACACCCAACAGUUGACUGGCAUCUCUUGGAAAAGAAUGCGGUAUACAGGCAGUAUAACAAGUCAGAUAAAACCAUCAAAGAUUUUUGGAAUGUGUUUCACAAACUCCCAGAAGAAAAAAAGAAAAUGUUCCUUGGGUUCUUGUCAGGAUCUGAUCGAAUCCCUGUCUAUCGACUGGAAUGUUUUAGAUUUUGUAUUGUAGAUCCUCAAGCAAAAAAUCCAGAUGAGCUCUAUCCCUCUGCCAGUACCUGCUCCCUCAUUUUUUAUCUCCCCAGAUACAGUAGUAAAAGCAUACUCAAGGAAAAGUUGCUUUAUGCCAUAGAGCAUAAUGAAGGUUUUGGCUGUGCCUAACUCUUUGUCAGAAGCACUUCAAAACAAAAAUAAGCAAAAAAAUCUUUGUUUCACUUGUUAUAUUUUUCCCUUUAUAACUCAAAUUUACUGGUUUCUACCCUACCUUAUUUUUACUGUGCUUUAUAAACAUUUGUGUGUGUGUGUGUGUUAUUUGCUGAGAUUUUAUAUUGAUUAUAAAAAUGAUAUUGGACCAGAUACCUCAUGGUUAGAUUGUAAAGUUAGGAAAGAAGAAUCCUAUUUGAAACACUUCUAAGAAGCAAGCUGAUAAGCAACUCUAUUUAUAUAUUCGUGCAGACAAGGUCUGCACUGUGCUGGUUUUGUUCAGUCAAGCUCACAGUGAGCUCACAGCAGCAAUGUACAAUAAUUUGUACAUUACCAACCAUACAGACAGGAUAUGCUGAGCAGUCAUCCUUGCGGGGACAAGCUAGGGUAAGGUUUUCGACUGUGUUAGUUAAGAAUUCUCUUGGGGAGCAACUAAGAGUAAGGAGACAUGUUCCUGCAAACCGUGAAUUGAAGGAGAAGUCUGUGCUCACCUGGAUAUGGCCUUUGACUUGUCUGAGAGAAAUGCUUAGGACAAGGAUUUGGUCAUUCCUAGACUUUUUCAAAAGCUGUAUUUGUGAAGCAUGAAUGGACUUUUUAUUAUUUAGUGUGUUAACUGUGAUAUUUGUCACGUUUCUUUAUAUCUUCCAAGGAGAUGUUUUGCAAUUAAAUCAUAAAAUUUUAGGCUUGCAGAACAGCUCUGUCUACAGAGCCCUGUGGACAUGAGGCUUGCAGGGCUUCUGGAAUCUCAUUGUCAAAACAGUGCAGAGUACUGGCAGGAUAUUGACAGUGUCAGGCAGGAUGUAUGUUUUCUGUUUAUUUUGCUUUGUGGAGAGACAAACAACAAUCAUGAUUUUUCAGCAGUCUUCACUUUGGUCUGUUAAAUGUAUCAGGGCACAUAUGUAAAGAAGACUUUUACUGCGUUGAAUUAAAUGACAAUUGAUUAAUUUUUCACCCCCGUGGUUGUGUUCUUCCUUCAUUAUGCAUCUGCCUAUCCAUGGCAGCAUAUCUGUGUUUUCUGUCCCCCUUGAUCUGGGGAAGCCAUUCAUAAGAGGAUUCGAAGGCUGAUGUCAGUGUAUUUCAAAGAGAUGUAUCGUCUAUGCUGAACAAGUAAGUCUUUCCUGUUUCAUGCAGAAUGUGCCUUAGAUGAAUGUAAAAAUUGAAAGCGAGA